AUCGUUCUUGCAUCACAUUCUUGAAAAUUCUGCACCUUCAAAAUGUUGCAUCUUUGGAUUAUUUUCAUUCUUCUUCCUCAGGGAUACCCACUGAUCUCAGUGACCAAAGGUCAACUUGGGGAACCUGUGACUUUCACAUGUUUGCUCCCUUUGGACGACAGCAUCACCCGAGUCAAGUGGUACAAGCAGAGUGUCGGUGAUACUCUUGCACUAAUUGCAACAUUCAUGCCCUCUUCUGUGACGCCCAUAUUAGAGCAAAGUUUUUCUCCAUCACGAUUUGCUGGAAAUUACACAGUAACAGUAAUGAGCACCCUGACCAUUCUGAAGACCAUGCAGGAAGAUGAAGCCCUGUAUCACUGCGCAGCCUUUUCCUGGCAAACGGAUGUGUGGACUGGAACCUUUUUGUCUUUGAAAGGAAACAAUGAGGGAACAACAAACUAUACUGUUGUUCAGAGGCCAACUGUGUCGGGUCCAGUUCAGCCUGGACACUCUGUGACUCUCCAGUGUUCAGUUCUCUUUGAUUCUCCGAUGGGAUCCUGUCCAGAUGAAAAUAGCAUUCUCUGGUUUGGAGUCAGAUCAGAUAAAUCGCUUGGAAACAUUGUGUACACUAAAGGAGUUAAGCCUGACGAAUGUGGCAGGAAAGCAGAUACAGCAUCUUCAACAAAGAGCUGCGUUUAUCAACUCUCCAAGAAAAUGAGCUUGUCAGAUAUCGGGACUUACUAUUGUGCUCUUGCCACGUGUUGGGAGAUUAUAUUUGGAAAUGGGACAAAGCUUGACAUCAAAGGUAAGCGUGUGGUAACAUGA